AUGACUGUUCAGUGUGCCGUUGAUCAAUCUUUAUACAAUCGAUUUGAACGAUGCCAACAUAACCCGAAAUAUCUGGGAAGUGCUGAACAUGUCCAUCAAGCAUUAGUCAAGAUAUGUAAAAAUGAAUGCAAAACUCAACCAAAUCUUUUGAUACUGAUCGACACCGUUGAAAGUUUCAUUUGUUGCGCCAUCAACCAAUCCCUCGAUUGCUGCGGGAAGCACACUCAUAAAUGA